AUUCGAGCGCAGAAUGACGACGCAGCCCGGCAGACCACAGAGAUGCUGGAUCAACUCCUGAAGAAUGGCGAGGCGAUGAACUGUCCCAAAUGUCAGGUGAUCGUCCAGAAGAAGGACGGCUGUGACUGGAUCUGCUGUCUGAUGUGUAAGACCGAGAUCUGCUGGGUGACCAAACAAGCCCGAUGGGGACCUCAGGGUGCUGGAGACACAUCAGGUGGUUGCAGAUGUCGAGUCAACGGAGACCUCUGCCAUCCACGCUGCCAGAACUGCCACUGAACACCGGCGGCAUCACUGAAUGCUGCUGAUUCAACAAGCAAAACCCUGUGCUACAGCAAAAAAACACUUACAAAAUAAUCCAGGUAGGGCUGAUGUGCAACAUACAGUUUGCGAUUAUUGCUUUAAUAUGUUUAAGUCAAGUCAUAUCACUGGCACAUUAAUCCAGAUGUCUGUAUUUAAUUGAUAUGUUCUAUGACUAAAUAUUCAGAACAUGUUUACAAAAUUAAAACAUUUGAGGUUUCAUGAGAUGGUAUAAACUGAUGAAAAAGUGACAUUUUUAAAAUAUACGUGGAAAUGGUCUUAAAUCACUACCAUUUUCUGGCAAACUGAUGCUCUGGGACUUUGUGCAAUGAUAUAGUAAGAUGAAAGCAUUAUUGUGUUUAAAUCUUGAUUUCUUUUAUGGCCAUUUUUGUUUAGAAUCCAAAGAUUUUUGUUGUUGUAAUAUCAUAGCAAAAUAUGCAAUAUGGAACAAUGAAGUAACAACAGAAGAAAACAACAUAAUCAAGAUUAAUUUAAAUGUAGAAAAAUGCAAGUUUGUAAUCAAAUGAGUAGUUGCGCCUUUUAUGAUGUAUUAAAAAUGCUUAAUUAU